AUGCCGAAGUAUGCGAAGUUCUUAAAGGACAUCCUCUCGAAUAAGCAGAAGCUUGAGGAUAUGUCCUAUGUGGUAAUGAACGAAAGCUGCUCUGCCAUUCUUCAAAAUCGUCUACCCACAAAAAUGGGAGAUCCAGGCAGUUUCACGCUUCCUUGUUUGAUAGGAAAUAUGUCUGUUAGCCAUGCAUUGGCUGAUUUGGGAGCGAGUAUCAACCUUAUGCCCUAUAAGGUUUUUACAAAGUUGGAUCUAGGUGAGUCGUCGCCUACACGUAUGAGCAUUCGACUAGCAGAUCGUUCUAUCAAGUAUCCACGUGGAUUUGUUGAGAAUAUGCUUGUUAAGAUUGACAAGUUUGUGUUUCCAGCGGAUUUUGUUAUCCUGGAUAUGGAUGAGGACUCUAGGGUGCCUUUGAUUCUCGGACGUUCGUUCUUGAAUACUACUCGGACCAUUGUAGAUGUAGCUACAGGGCAGAUUACACUCGGAGUGAAUGAUGAGCAUGUGACCUUUGAUAUCAAGUGGUCAAUGCAGCACCCGCAGAGUCAGGAUGAUGCGCUUUACUAUGUCGACAUUGUUGACACGUAUGUGAGCACACAUUUCCAGGGCACGAUAGAGGAGAUUGAUUCGGACACACAUCUGUUGUGUGGGGACCUAGAUGGCAUUACGCAGGAGAGCCACGAUUUCGAGCAGCCAGUUUAUCAGAUUGAUGAUGAUGGUUCCCAGAGUUCGGAUCAGUUUACAAAGAUCGAUCGUGAGAAUGAAGAAAAGUCGGUUGAAGAUCCACCAUCUUUGGAGCUUAAGGAGCUUCCGCCCCAUUUGGAGUACGCAUUUCUAGACGAGGAGCGUCGUUUGCCGAUUCUGAUGGAAGACGAGUACAAGCCCUGUGCACAGCCUCAGAGGCGGUUGAAUCCAAAGAUGCAAGAUGUGGUGAAGAAAGAAAUGAUUAAGUUGUUGGAUGCCGGAUUGAUUUAUCCUAUAUCUGACUCUGUGUGGGUGAGUCCCGUGUAG